CUAGCUGGAGGCGGCUGGUCGGUGUCGGGUUGGUUCGGUACAUCGACAGUGCUCAGUGGUGCGUUUUAACAUAGAUAAAAAUUACCUACGUGUCCAUCAAAACCAUUUCUCACUCCAUAAAUGACUGAGAAUCGACAAAUAUUCAGCAAAUGAUCGUCCAACGACAUCGCAACGUUAAAUAAACAAAUCAUUGUAAUUUUCAUCUUCCUGAAGGAAUUGAAUCAUGAUGCGGGGAAAACCGGGUGGUGGUAAUGUUCAGGCAGCUAAGAAGGUCAUGUUUCCUGAUAAAAAGCCAACAUCUAAACAGAUGAAGUCGUCCACGUUGACCAAUGCUGCUGGUUUGAUUUCACUCAUUACUUUUACUGUACUCCUGUUGGCGUGGAUAUCGGGAUUUGCAUCGCGAUUAUUCGCAGUCAUACGAUUUGAGAGUAUCAUCCAUGAGUUUGACCCAUGGUUCAACUACAGGGCAACAGCCUACAUGGUGCAGCAUGGUUUCUACAAUUUUUUAAAUUGGUUUGACGAGCGUGCAUGGUAUCCCCUGGGGCGUAUAGUCGGUGGUACAGUGUACCCGGGGCUGAUGAUAACAUCGGGUUCGAUCCACUACAUUUUGCAUUCACUCAACAUUCCAGUCCACAUAAGAGAUAUAUGUGUCUUUCUGGCGCCAGUCUUCAGUGGCCUAACAGCAAUAUCCACGUAUCUCCUGACUAAAGAAUUAUGGAGUGCUGGAGCUGGACUAUUUGCAGCGUGUUUCAUAGCUAUUGUACCAGGUUACAUAUCCCGUUCAGUUGCUGGUAGUUACGACAACGAGGGAAUAGCCAUUUUUGCUCUGCAAUUCACGUACUAUCUCUGGGUUAAAUCCGUUAAGUCAGGCUCGAUAUUCUGGGCUGCUAUGACAGCCCUGUCCUAUUUCUACAUGGUAUCAGCCUGGGGAGGAUACGUCUUCAUCAUCAAUCUCAUUCCAUUCCACGUUUUUAUACUUCUCAUCAUGAAUCGUUACAGCAAUAGAUUAUUCGUCAGCUACACGACAUUCUACAUCCUGGGGCUGUUACUCAGCAUGCAGAUACCCUUCGUAGGUUUUCAACCGAUCAGAACGUCUGAGCACAUGGCGGCGGGUGGUGUCUUCGGACUGCUCAUCUUCAUAGCAACCCUGAGGUAUCUUCGAACAGUUCUCACUAAAUCAGAGAUGAAAUACUUCGGUGGAAUAGUAGCAGCAACAGCUGUUAUCCUUCUGCUAGCCCUGAUAUCUCUGACGUAUGCUGGUGUCGUGGCCCCCUGGAGUGGUAGAUUCUACAGUCUCUGGGACACUGGUUAUGCAAAAAUUCACAUUCCAAUAAUAGCCUCGGUGUCUGAGCACCAGCCAACCACCUGGUUCAGCUUCUUCUUCGAUCUCCACAUCCUGGUGACAACGUUCCCAGUGGGUCUCUGGUACUGCAUCAAGAGAAUAAACGACGAAAGGGUCUUCAUCAUUCUCUAUGCCCUCAGUGCUGUCUACUUUGCUGGUGUAAUGGUGAGAUUGAUGCUGACACUGACUCCAGUCGUGUGUAUGCUGGCUAGUGUUGCCUUCAGUGGACUCCUCGAGCUCUAUUUCAAAGAGGAAGAUCGAGAGAGCAGUGACAGGGAUGGAGGAGAGAGCAGCGAGGAUGAGAGUGAAGCAGAAAGAGAGAGGAGUCCUGGAAGAGGACUCUAUGAUAAAGCUGGAAAAUUGAGGAGAAUGAAGCACGAGAGGCCCAAGGGCAAUGGCGAUGGACUCGGGGCAAAUCUCAGGAAUGGAGUUGUCAUUGGAAUUCUCAUGCUCCUCAUGAUGUUCACUGUUCACUGCACCUGGGUAACCAGCAAUGCCUAUUCCAGUCCCUCUAUUGUCCUGGCAUCAUACAGCAAUGAUGGUGGCAGGAGUAUUCUCGAUGAUUUCAGAGAGGCUUAUUACUGGUUAGCACAGAACACCCAUAGUGAUGCCAGGGUGAUGAGCUGGUGGGAUUAUGGGUAUCAGAUCGCUGGAAUGGCCAAUAGAACGACUCUAGUCGAUAAUAACACUUGGAAUAAUUCACAUAUUGCUCUCGUAGGCAAGGCCAUGAGCUCCACUGAGGACAAAGCAUAUGAUAUUAUGACUUCUCUUGAUGUUGACUACGUGCUCGUCAUCUUUGGGGGAAUGAUUGGAUAUUCUGGGGAUGAUAUCAAUAAAUUCCUCUGGAUGGUCAGGAUCGCUGAGGGGGAACAUCCACAGGACAUUCGGGAGAGCGAUUAUUUCACCGAGAGGGGAGAAUUCAGGGUCGAUUCACAGGGAUCACCCACUUUACUCAAUUCUCUCAUGUAUAAGUUGAGUUAUUAUCGAUUUGGAGAAGUUGCCAUUGAUUAUAGAUCACCUGCGGGUUAUGAUCGUACUAGGAAUGCUGAGAUAGGAAAUAAAAAUUUCAAACUUACGUACCUGGAAGAGGCCUACACUACGGAACACUGGCUCGUUAGAAUUUAUAGGGUGAAAAAGCCUGACGAAUUCAAUCGCCCUCGUAUUCCACUGUCCGAGCGCACAAUUGCUCGGCCAAGUAGCAGUUAUCAUAGUAAAAAGACGGCAAAGCGCAGGAAGGGCUUCAUCAAGGGUAAGCCGUCAGUCGUCAAGGGACAGAAGCCACAGAGAAGAUCAACAGCAUAAAGCAUGUACAUAUUACGUGAUUCAUCUGAUUACUUCGAGAGACAAAAUAAAUUCGAUUUUUCAAAGAGAAGAGGUAAAUUAGACCGUAAUGAGUAAAAUACAUCAAGUGUUUUUUGUAAUAAAGAAAACCACCGUCCCCCCGAUUUAAAUGCUACCUGUGAGGAUGAGAAGGAUAAUGUGGAUGGAAUUAAUCGAACAUUUCUCAAAUUAGUGGAUGCUGAGGUGUAGUUUAUACCAUUUGUAAUUAUCCAGUUCAUUUCAACACCAUCACUUUAUGAAUAAUCUUCUCAUCGUGUAGCAUCGACACAUUAAAAACUACAGUAAUCCAUUUUUUUUUUUUCGUUUGCACGUAUUGAAUGAUUCGAUGGAAAAACCUCACGGUUUUCGCGUUGGUGUUUCUAAUAGAAAUCUUAAUUAAAAUUUCUAUUGAAUUCUAUUAGAAAUCACGUGGAUUUUUAUUUGAGAAGCGUGAAAGGUUUUCUACGAAUUCUUUAAAACGCGUGUGUUGUUGGAAAUUAUUCCGACUUUUGCGUGCCCAAUUUUAAAGUAAAAAAUGUGAAUUGUUUACACGGAUUUGUUGUUUAGGAGCAUUGUUAAAGGAUAAAUAUUCACAGUAAAUGGAAAAUAAAUAUUUGGGUUAUUA